CGGUGCCCACAAUUCUCAACUUUCACCAUUGUUUUCUUCUUCUCAAUUCAUUGCAUUCCCUUCUUUCUCUCCUCUCUCUGCAAAUCAAUUCCGUUUCUCGCUGUGAUUGUUUUCUUUCAUCCGCCGGAAUAGGUUCGAGAAUUUUUCAAGGAGUUGUGAAUGGUUGAAAAAAAUUCCAGUAGUAGUAAUUACAUGCGCUCCCUUUUGGAUUCAAGGGCGAGCGCUCGUCUUCCUCUUUCUGCUGCUUCUUCUUUUGCUUUUGGUUCUUGCAAGGAAGGCUGGUACUACCGCUGCCUUGGUGUUGACCCUUGAGAUCUCUUUCUCUCUAAUCCAUAUACUCAUUUGAAGGAAUUUUCAUUUUCUUUAAGUUUUUGCGAUUUUACUCUCUCGAUUUUUUGAUACCGGCGCUAGCUUCGGUGAGUUUCUCGGGGCUAUUGUCGUCGGUAUCCGGUUCCCUGAUUCGGAUAUAGUUUGAAGGAAAAAGAAGGGAUUGCGAUUUCUUUUUUUUUUUUUUUUUUAUGAAGAUGUUGCUGUACAAGCAGAAGAAGAACCAGAAUGUUAAGGGCAAUAGGCUGUUGAUCAGCAUCAAUGUGCUCGGCAGCGCUGGCCCGAUUCGAUUUAUUGUGAGCGAGGAGCAACUUGUUGCUGAUGUUAUUGAUACCGCGUUGAAAUCCUACGCGCGUGAGGGCCGGCUCCCAAUUCUUGGCUCUGAUCUUCACCAUUUCCAGCUUUAUUGUCCUAGUGCUGGACCAGAUGCCUUGAGUCCAUGGGACACAAUUGGAUCGCACGGAGCUCGAAACUUCACGUUGUGCAAGAAACCACAGGCAGAGAAAGUGGGAGAAGAUGGAAAAGCAGCGUCACGGCCAGCCAUCCAUCGCAAAGCCUCAGGGAGCUGGAAGUCAUGGAUCAACAAGUCUCUGAAUAUGAAAAUCUAUUCCCAUUGAAUCCGCGUAAUGAUGACGGGUGAUAGCCUUCAAUUAGGUUGGUUUUAGUUUGUUGUGAGCCUUUGCAAUUUGUUUUUUUCCUCCUUUUGUAAUCUUUUUGGACCCGUAUUUCAACUUGAUUUAGAGUUGGGUGGGGUUCCCUUUCCUCUUCAAAUAAAUACUUAGAUUUUACCCCUUGAAACAAAUUGCAUCAUAGUUUUUGAUUGGCCAUAUAUUGUUAAAAAGGUUAUGGAUCGAACUCGAAGAGUGUGUUCAAUGAAAAUGGGAGUUUGGCGCA